AUGCUUCAAGAUGAUAUAACUAACUUUAUUACUGCUUUAUAUAAAUAUUUAGUUAGAAAGGAAGAAUAUUUACCAGGACUUUUAGUGAAGAAACAUUCAUCAAAUUUACAAACGCACGGCGAUUUUAGUUUUCCCAAUUCAGCGAAAUCGUGGCAACAGUUCUUACAAUACGAGCAAUUGCAAAACUUAGACUGCUCGCUAUUGAAAUGUAUUAACAAAGAUGUUACAAAUUUAAUAGAAACGUCACGAAAUUGGGAAAUAUCUAUAGUGAAAGCAAUUGAGCUGAAAGACCGAAUACACUUGUACGUUGACCGCUUAAAAUCUAUUCAAGCGUGCUGUCAAAGCGUUUCAUACAAUAAUGACUAUAUAAUAAAAAGAAUAAAUAUCGACACUAAUGUAGUAACCGUAGACUGCAGUUGUAAAGAAACAAACUCCAUAACCUAUUUGCGACUGAAAGUUUUAAGAGAUGUGGUAAAGAAUUUGUAUUUAAUUAACUUACAUCCCCAAAAUGUGCACGUUCUUCUCACAUGGAAAUCUAAAUCAGAAAUUAAAGAUAGCAAUAUUGUGUUCUGUGGUGCUGUCUUAAAUGCGAAAAGUGGAACUAAAGAAAAUACAAUCACUGCUGAUGAAUAUAUAAGAAUAAGACAAGACGAGUUAACAUUGAUAGCUCAACACAAAUAUGGAGUAAGAGUAUCGACAGAUAAAAAAUGGAAGGAGUUUAUAUCUCACUUGGGAGAAUCCGCAGUUGCUUUUGAGUUGUUGCAAACAAAAUGUUCUAGCCCUGUGAAAAUAUUGUUUGAUGCUUCUAGUGGAUCAAGUAAAGGUGCAGCGUUUAUUUUGUACAACAGUGCCAGAUUAGAAACAAUACUGAGGACUUUCAAUGAGAAAGUAGCAGAAGGGAUCUAUCCAUGUUUACCUUCUUUAGAGAACAUUGAUUUAUCAUUAUUAACUGAUGAGGACGAAUGGUAUCUUAUUUUCAACUAUAUCAUGGGUCUACCAUCUUUGAUAAAAAAUUGUGUGGAGUUAAGUGAAACAAGAUGUGAAUUUAGGCCACAUUUAAUAUGCAAUUACUUAAGUUCAAUGGUCAAAACAUUUAGUCAGUACUAUAGAAGAGUAAGGAUAUUAACUGAACCCCGAAAACAUCUGCUGCCAGUCAUGUUUGCCAGAAUUCAUUUAUUAACGAUAUUAAACAAUACAUUGAAAUUAUGUUUACGAAUAUUAAAUAUUAAAAGUGUCUCGCAAAUGUAUACGAUAAUUUUAUUUUCAAACCCAACUUUGUUUUACAUAACACAAAGA